GGCUCGCCCAGGUGCUACCAUACUGUAGCUCUACCAUCUACAUACCCACUUCAGACCGACCCUCGGACCAGCACGAACGGCGCAUCGGCACAUAUGAAUGGAGCCGCGUCAGUGAGUACGAACGGCGGUGUGUCGAUAAAAUACAAACGGUGCGUCACCGGGUACGAACAGCAGCGCGUCGACCAGCAGAGGCCCCUCGGACUACACAGGCAGCGUCAUGCGUGCCGCGAUUAUCGACGACAUCGACUGUAGCUCGUACGCCCCCUCUUCCUCUUCCCAAAUCGCCCACUAACAUGCUGAUUUAGCAAAGACGAGUGCGUCGACCUCCGUGGGAGCAUGCGUGCGCGCUGCACCCGCCCGCGAGCCGUUGCCAUCCACGUCCGCGAGCCGUUGUCCACGCAUGCGAGCCCGAGCUUGGCGAGCGCAGCGCCGUGGAGCGUGUCAGACACGGCCUGCAUCGGCGUGGCCGCGCUGGCUCGAUGGAGUCGACCUCGUGCAGGCGGAUGAGGCCUACCCGACAUCCUCGCUGCUGCGGCACGCCCACGCCCGCCAUCCACUACCUCCAGCCGCGCGUCGUCCUGCACACAGAGUCGCGAGCACCCGUGAGCACGACCUCUGCUACUUCUUUGCGAGUCCGGGGCUGCUGUACCCCUUCGCUACCAUGCACACUCCUUGCGCCGCAAGCCACGGGAAUGCUCAGCUGCGGGCCACCGCAGGUUCCUGAGUGCGUCACGCAGGGCGUGAAGGAGCGCAAGCGUGGGACGAAGCGCAUGGAGGACGUCGAGGCUGGGCUUGUAGGGUUGCUCGCGAGGGAUGCUGUUAGCAUCCCAAAUUACUGUACAUCAUUAAUACUCGCAUGAAUACAUAUAAUCACUACGACUGCAGCGUUUGUUAGUGUAUGACGAAUUGUCGGGGCCUCGAACAUACCAAAUUGGGAAGGCUGCUGCUUUAUGCCCUUUGUGUAAAUUGCAGCAAGACCUAUUACAGUG